AUGGAGUGGGGCCCGGAGCGAAGUUACGCGGAUAAUCAGUCAGUCAUUGAUUGGCCUCCGACGGAGAUAUCCACGCGCGCGUGCGCGGCGACACAAAAUCGGAACCGUCACGGCGCGCAGGUGUACAAAAUCGGAACCGUCAAGUACCGCAGCAUCGACGGCGACCUGGUCGGCGUCGUCGGCGACGCGUGGGCUCUCAAGACCGCCCCGCUCUCCACGACAUGGCACUCCACCCGCGGCGUCAACGACGACGGGGUCGGCGAGGUCGUGGCCGCGCUGCGCAAGGACGUCGACAGCCUCGCCACCAGCCCCAUCACCACCACCUCUUCCUACUUCUACGGCAAGGCGAUCGCCAGGGCGGCGAGGCUGGCGCUGAUCGCCGAGGAGGUCGGGUGCCCCGACGCCAUCCCGGCGGUGCACAAGUUCUUGAAGGCCAACAUCACGCCGUGGCUGGACGGCAGCUUCCAGGGGAACGGCUUCCUGUACGACUCCAAAUGGGGCGGCCUCGUCACCAAGCAGGGGCUGCAGGACUCCGGCGCCGACUUCGGCUUCGGCAUCUACAACGACCACCACUACCAUCUCGGCUACUUCCUCUACGCCAUCGCCGUGCUCGCCAAGAUCGACCCGUCCUGGGGGAGGAAGUACAUGUCCCAGGCCUACUCCAUGGUCGCCGACUUCAUGACGCUGUCGCGCAAGUGCGGCGCCAGCUACACCCGGCUGCGGACAUUCGACCUCUGGAAGCUGCAUUCCUGGGCCGGAGGCCUCACGGAGUUCGGCGACGGGCGCAACCAGGAGAGCACCAGCGAGGCCGUGAACGGCUACUACUCCGCCGCGCUCCUGGGACUGAGCUACGGGGACGCGCAUCUUGUGUCUGUUGGCGCCACGCUCACCGCGUUCGAGAUGCUGGCGGCGCAGACGUGGUGGCACGUCCGGGAGGGCGAAGGGAUCUACGAGGACGACUUCAGCGGCAACAACCGCGUCGUCGGCGUGCUCUGGGCCAACAAGAGGGACAGCGGGCUCUGGUUCGCGCCGCCCGAGUGGAAGGAGUGCAGGCUGGGCAUCCAGCUCCUGCCUCUCCUGCCCAUCAGUGAGGCCCUCUUCCCGGACACCGGGUUCGUCAAGGACCUGGUGACCUGGACCACGCCGGCGUUGGCCAGGGACGGCGUCGGAGAAGGGUGGAAGGGGUUUGUGUACGCCUUGGAGGGCAUCUACGACAAGGAGUCAGCAUUGGCCAAGACCCGGGCCCUGUCAUCCCAUGAUGACGGUAACACGCUGACGAACCUUCUGUGGUGGCUCCAUAGCCGCGGCGACAGCUCCGGCAGGUGCUGCUGGUAUCGCCAAUACGGCCACUGACGAGGCUGGGUAUUAUGAGUUAGCUGGUGACUGUUCGUGGAUUGCUCUUCAGGCAAGACGCCGUUGCAGCUGGAAAUGCCUGGGUUUCAGAUUGGGAGAGUUGUUGGUUCACUGAAACAAGAUACAGACUGGUUGCUCACUGUAAGUUAAACAUCGGUACAUCACGAAUUCAAGAUGUUAUAGUGCUCUUCUUAUUUGAAUAAAUUUAGUUGCUGCCACAUUUGUUCAUACGUGAGAGUUGCUGGUUCACUGUAAGAAGAUACAGAGUGGUUGUUCAUUGUGCUUUAAACAUGAGUUUUACACAAAUUCACGAUGUUAUAGUACUCUUCUGAUUUGAAUAAAUAUAGUUGCUGUCACAUUUUU